AUGACUUGUCUCGCUCGUUAUGCACGCAGAGGUGGUCUGGGUGUUCUCUCUACAGUCGCUUCCAAGCCGUCUAGUCCUCAAGGUCUCUUUGUGCUUUCAAAUACUUUGAGGAACGGCAGCAGUAAUCUACAUAAAACCAAUACCAAACUGGGACAAUCAACUCGGGGGUAUUCUACUAUUACAGAAUCUGGAAGCCGUGUCUCCUGGGUCUUUACUGGUCUCAUUCUACUAGGAGUCGGAGCAACGUCUUAUGGGCUCUACGACUUUUACUCUACGUUCACAACGUGGCCCAAAGAGUUGAGAAGCGAUCUCCGUUCUGCUGUUAAAGCCGACAUGCAGGGGGACUACAAAAUAUCUGAAGCCUACUUUCGAAGCCCAGUCUUGACCCCAGAACAACUCGGCGGCCAAUACCACCUUAAAAUCAGUGGGAUAGCCAUCGCUCUCGCUGCGGUCCUAGAAAAACAGAACGAUUUGAGAGGAGCCAAUGAAGUUAUACACGCGCAUUUGCGGAUAUCCUUCGAGCUCCUCCUCCCCCUGCUCCUGCACCAGUUCUUUCAGGACCGGAACCUUGGAGAAAUUGCUGCGAAAUUCGGACAACUCGAAGAGGAAGAAAAAUAUCUCGUAUUCGGCACCGAGGAGAUCUUGCGCAUGAUGAAGGAGGCUUCUGGAGCAUCGCCUUCCCCAGGAAACGAAAACGUAAACGAGGGAGGUCCGCAACAGGACUUGGUAUUACCGAGUUGGGUAUCCCAUACCGAUGCAGGAGCUGUUUUGGAGCGGCUGGCAGAGUUUUAUUCUCGGACCGGGCGAUCAGACUAUGCCGUGCCCUUGUACCUACAGGCCAUAUCCAUCCUUCUACCGCCCCCAAAGUCCCGCUUCAAGCUCCUACCCUUCCCGAAAGGCCAACAUCGAACAAGCGACAGCGUGGGCGAAAAAGGGAUUAGCGGUGGCCCAGAAGGCUCGAGGCGAAAUUACCCUAGUUCAAGCAAGAAGACGGACAGCUCACCUGAUGAUCCACUCACGACCUGCGAGUCUGUACUCGCUGUGCUCAUGUAUAAUCUUGGAAUGUUGAGCGAGAAAAAGGACGAUGUUGCUGGAGCCAAGGUACUCUUUAAGCAAGCGCUCGAUCAGUCAAAAAUUGCCGGAUUCGAGGAAGGGGAGAUCGAGGCUCAAAAAGCCAUUGCCCGAACAAGCAAGUCGUAG